AUGAAUGACACACGGAAGAGGAAGAAGAAGAGCGUCUCCGGAAGUGAAACCUCAGCAUUGCCUCUCCCGAUAGAUCUCACAAUCGACAUCUUCUCGAGGCUGCCGUCAAAGUCAAUAGCCACAUGUCGUUGCGUAUCGAAGCCAUGGGCCUCCACACUCCUCCGACAAGAUUUUACCGACCUGUUCCUAACUAAAUCCUCCUCUACUCGCCCGCCGCAGCUAACAAAAGGACGUCGUCUUGUCCAUGGCCUCCUUGUCUGCGUUGUGCGUAAGGAUAUGGUGGUGCCGGUGCUAUGUAGCCCUAGCACCGGACAAGCCUUAAUCCUACCCAGAGUGAACACGAGUAAACCCAGGGUGAAGUGUUUGCUUGGGUAUGAUCCUGUUGAUAAACAAUUCAAGGUCUUGUCCAUGACACAGCCCUUGGAUGGAAGGUCUGAGAAGUUCAGGCUUAUUCAAGUCCACCAGGGAGCUCUCAGAACAGCUAUGCUAGGGUUUAUGGUAAACUUCAAUGGUAAAUUAGGUUUUAUUAUGCCUAAAAAUCCUGGAGGAAAUAUCGGUCUUAUCAGUGGAAAAACUGCGGGGUUUAAGUUGUGGGUUCUAGAAGAUGUUGAGACACAGGAAUUGUCUGAGCGUAUUUAUGAAUUGCCUCCUCAGUGGAAGAAUGUAGUUGGGGAACACAAGUUGGACUUUGUUGGUUUGUCUCGGACGCAUGAGAUUGUAUUGUCUUCCUGGCAGUCUAUUAACCCUUUCUACCUCUUCUACUUCAAUCCCGAGAGGAACACUGUCGUAAGAGUUCAAAUUCAAGGAGUGGAUAUGGAUGGGUCCAGGUUUGCUCUACUUCAAACCUUUCUAGACCAUGUAGAGGAUGUGAAGCUCUAUCCCAAGGUGCAUUAG